CUCUCUCUCUCUCUCUCUCGCUCGCUCGCUCGCUCGACCCGAGCAAAUAUCUAUUCUCCUCCUCCCCUUUCCUCUUCCCUCCUCCUCCCAUUCCGCCCUCAGUCGUUCCCUAUUCCGAAACAUUUCCUUCCAAAAAAAGAGAUCCCCGAUCGUCCCGACGUCGUGGUUCUCUUGUGUAUUCCUUUUUUUCGCCAAAAAGAAAAGGAGGGAAGGAGGAGAUUUAGAUGCUCGAAAUCCUGGGCCAUACCGACAAGUUACCAUCAUCCCGGGCCGAAACACCGCUUUAAGAAUAUAAGGACCGGGUCAGAGAGUAGUUAGAAAGCAAAGAGAGUCUUGCAUUUCGAUUUGCAUUGCUCCCUCGUGCUUUUUAGCCUCCUGUGACAAAGUCAAGUGUCUGCUCUGCACUCCCGAGUCCACAACCCCCCCUUACCGCAUUUUCGGUACCGCAGUCCGUAAUCUCGUACUGCAACCCCCAAAAAGGGCAUUCUUCGGUCCGACGACGAGGACUUCCCUUGAUAAAACCCUUCCGGCUCCCUUCGUUCCCACGAACACCCUUGGGAUACCGGCAACACCCACCCAUCCCUCAUUCCCGAACCGAGCAACCCACCUCGCCGACGCCGACCUCGAUUCGAUAUCCACCCUACUCAGCGACUGCGCCUAUUUGCAUCGCUGCCCCAGCCAACCCAGCCGAUUCGAAUCGACAUUGCCGUCUCCGAACCCCGACGAUAAACAUCCGACCCCGUGCGAAGCCUUUGCUGGCCUUUUCCUCGGAGUUGAAAGAGAGCAGUGAGAGACACAUGCCACCGACCCGCGGCAUCUUCCAUCUUCACCCGCACGCCUGAAGCAUUUGUCGUCGAUCCAAAGGUUGCCUUUUGUGGGACACGUUAGCUCGUCGCUCCCACCUUGGUCACUGCAAGUUUUCAGAACUGUGUCGACCGUUGCGAAGCCCCUUCAGACGGCAUUAUUCAUAACCUCGUGUGUCCCGGCCACAGGCACACACUCCUCCCGUCACCUUGACGAGAGUCCUUCGACCUCUCGUCUUUUAACAAUUUCAACCCAGCCCGGCGUUAUCAACAGCCACCGUCACUCCUUCUACAGAAAGCAUCCAAAAGACUUGAUAUUUCAGCACACUCUCUAAUACUCUUAAUACUCGUCCGUUUACAGCACGCGAUAACUUCAUAGACUUGAGCCUCAUUCUUUCGGCUCAUCUCAACAACAACUAAUACUGCAACAAACGAUUUCCAGGAGAACUCGGAACUCACCACUCUUUCAGCCAUCGCCACUCUACGAGAAAGAAAAAAACUUCCAACAACAACCACCACCACACCCAAAUCAAAAUGGUUACCUCACGUCACAACGACGAGACCUUCUUCGUCGAGUCCGAUGACCAGCCCGCGCCAAGGGUAAACGUUCGGGAUGCUGCCAAGCUCAUCGCUCGGAACAAGCAGGAAAUGAUCGCCAACAAUCUUUCACGACUUGCUUGCGAUGAGUAUCUUGAGGAUAUCAUGCAGCAUAUCCGUCACAUGGAGGAUGAGACAUUACCCGAUGCUAACCUCAUCGAUAUGCAACGCGAGAUUCAAUGGUUCAUGCGCCCGUACCUUAUCGACUUUCUUAUCGAGGCUCACGCUGCCUUCUCGCUCCUCCCCGAAACCCUCUUCCUCACCGUCAACCUUCUUGAUCGGUACUGCUCCAAGCGUGUUGUGUACAAGCAGCAUUACCAGCUCGUCGGUUGCGCCGCCCUCCUGAUUGCCGCCAAGUAUGGAGAUAAGAAGGACAGAGUUCCCCAGAUCAACGAGCUCAACAACAUGUGCUGUGGGCUUUACGAUGCCGGCAUGUUUACGCAAAUGGAAAUGCACGUUCUCAACACUCUCGACUGGAACAUUGGACACCCGACCGUCGACUUUUUCACCCAGUUGAUCGUGGCCGAGGAAAGGGACAGCAGGGAUGUCGAACACAUGGCGGCAUACAUUUGCGAGAUUGCCUUGUACCACAGGGAUUUCGUUUCCACCAAACCAUCCAUCAUGGCACGGGUUUCUUUGGUCUUGGCGAGGGCUAUUUUGGGCAAGCCCGAGGUUAAUGAUGGCGAAUGGGACCAGGUCGAGAACGCCACGCUCUUGGCUCUUUCACAGCAUCUCCACCAGCCUUCCGUCACGCUUUCCAGAAAGUAUUCCAGCGCAUACCUCUCCAAAGUGUCUGGCAAGCUCGCCGACUUCCUCGCUCAGCAGGCCGCUAUCAACCGUCGUGGCGGUGCCCCGCCUUCCUCUCCGGGCGAGCUGACCCCCAACUCUAGCAAGGCGUCCAAUGUCUACAGCACUCCCCACAAGGGCCUGGGAGCCGUUCCUGGUGCUGCUGAUGGAUACAUGACCCCUCCGAUCACCCCCGACGCUGCCAGCUUCGCACAGAACGGCACGAUGAUGAAGGAAUAUCCUGCUCCGCGUUGUCCGGUGACCCCGACACCGCAGCCGAACUCGCACAGCCAAUCAUACCCACCAGCAGCACAACAUCAGACUUCAGCAUCAUCAACAUCAUCAUCAACAAAGGCGCCCUCGUACUUUGAGACCGCGCCGUCGUCUCAAGUUACUUACUGAGUUGAUGUUUCAGCUCAGUUCCUAAGGGUCUUGCUCCAUUGAGUGAGUGAGUCCUGUGUAUAGUGCUGUGUGUAAGGUUGGUUGGCAGCGAACAAGGUUCAGGUUUUUCUAUUUCUCUCAUCAUCCGGCCUGCUGCGAGGGUGGGGUUCCAUGGUCACGCAUCCAGAUACCAUAGUUUUUGACAGAAGACAUUUUGAUUACAACAUUUAAAUUAUCUGGAAGACAAAAGAUUGCACACAUCACACACUUUCAAGCGGCAUCAUCACGUCACACAUCGCACAUAUUUUGUUUCGCGCGAAGUGGACACACACAAUUCAGCGGCAUGGCAUAUUAGCGUUUGACAUUUUUAUUCUUUUUUUGUUUCUAUUAUUUUCUACAAACAAUAUUGAACUACCGCCAUUGGGGCAGAUAGUCCUUUUUUAAAAUGUUUCCAAACGAACUUUCAUUUUCCUCGCACAUUGAUCUCGUUCAUUUGACCGCCGGUUGAGGACCAUUCGUCUUCGUCGUCGUUGUCGUCCCAUCGCGGACUAGACAAAAUGGAUCCUUCUUCAGCUCACCGGCUUUUUCUCUUCCCUUUCCACCCACCAAAAUCAGCAAACAAAAAAAGAAAACGAGAGGAUCGACUAUAACACUCUACGACAACCGCAAUACAAACAUAGGCAAGCAACCCACGAGUCGAGAGGUCCCUUUGUUUUCUUAUCUUAUUGGAAAUUCCCACAAUGGCAAGGCUGGCACCCACCACUGCGGGCUCUCAAGGCGGAAAACCUGGACAAGUCAAUCAGACCGACAGACAGACAGACAUUUGGAUCGAAUGGAUGGAUGGAUCAAACCAAAUGGGCAAACGCAACGGCGCUUUGAAGGUGUUACAAGUCACCCCGAUCUGGACCACCGGAUUGACAAGAGGGGAUGGAAAUGGAAGGAGAAGAGAAAGAAGAUCGGUUAUCAGCUGAUGGAGGCAGGGAAGAGAAGGUGUCGGAUCGGAUUUGCGGAGGGGGAUGAAGAGUUGAAAAGGGAAUAACCAGCAAAAAAAUUUAGCAUUCACCGUGUAGGAUGAAGGAUAGGAGGAGAAAGAUGGGAGGACCCAACGAACCCCCGAGUUUUGCGUUUUAUUUUCAAGGGAAGAAAGGAUGUGCGAUGCCAUGCUGGAUUCGAUAUUGCGUUGGAAGGGAAAGGAUUGGAUGGAACAUUGGACGGACGGCGGCGGACAGGGACUGGACAAAUUGAUAUCAGGCAUGCAACUGGCAUACUGGCAUACUUGGAUUGGUAAAGAAGAACGGACACAUCAAAUAACUAAAAUGCCGUUACUGCAACAAUCGAGAGAGAAAAGAAAGAUAAUCCAAUUUCCACCACGGCCCUCCUCCCGCUUCCACAGUCGUCGCCAUUGUCGUCGUCGUCGUCACGAACUACCCAUUCUCAGUGACAGGAUCCCGUCCAAACCAACAAAGUUUCUAUUCAAUUCAGUUCAGUCAAGAGCAAGACGCACGCACAGAGAGAGAAGUUAGUUUCGUGUCUUGCGAGAGGGAUAGGAGGAUAAAACCAUGGAGAGAAAACAAGGACAAAACAACAACAAGAAACUCCGGCAAAUAGAGAGAUACCCCUGGGCAUUAGUUGACUAUUUUUUUUCUUUGACCUUUUGUUUGAUAUAAAUAUUCUAUUCUACUUACUGCUGCUUUAAUUCUUUCUCCG